AUGUGGCAAGCUUGGCCCCGUGCUGCACUUGUCGCUGCGACAGGCCGUCGCUUUAUUAUGACGUUAUUUGCAUGCGGUACUGUCCGCGACCUCGCUAAUGGCGCUGCGAGGUGUCGCCCAUUUGCAUACAAUGCUGCGCAGCUGUCGCGCCGUAAUUGCGCCGCGGGCGGGGGCAAGGAUACGAUCUGUUCGCGUCCGCCGUUUCUGGUGUCGAAGGCGGAAGUGCAGCGGCUCGCAAACGAGACACUUUUUGGGUGUUAUGGAACGGCACUACUCAAUCAUGCGAGAGCCACCAGCGGCCGUGGCAGUGGCCUCUAUGCGGACGUUCCCGCGCCACUCUCGGCCGUCGCCUCGCCACCCGUCGCAAAUUGCGUACAAAUUAAUAGAGGCGCGCCGCCAAUUGCCGGCACCGGCCGCACCACCGCCACCGCCACCGCUACCGCUACCGCCCCCGCCACCGCCACCGCCACCGCCACCGCCACCGCCACCGCCACCGCCACCGCCACCGCCACGCGCAAU